UCCAAUGCGUAGAAACGCUCAGAUCAAUUAGUCUCCAAAAUCUUCUCAACGAACAAAUCUCUCCACACUGAUCCAUUCCUUUGAGUCUCAAGUAUUUUGCUAACGCAAGAAGCUCAGGAUCUCUCUUCUUCCUUCUUCUUAGAACUCCCACAAACCCAGUUCCGUCUUUUAAUUCCAAACACCUCCGCCGUCAUCAGAACAAGAAUGGAUUCAAUGGAGCUCACUCGCGUCUUCCAGAUGUUUGAUAGAAAUGGUGAUGGGCGAAUAAGCAAGAAAGAGUUGAAUGACUCGUUGGAGAAUCUGGGUAUCUUUAUCCCUGAUCCAGAGUUAACCCAGAUGAUUCAAAAUAUAGAUGUUAAUGGAGAUGGGUGUGUUGAUAUCGAUGAGUUUGGUGCUUUGUAUCGAUCGAUUAUGGAUGAGCGAGACGAGGAAGAAGAGGAGGACAUGAAGGAAGCCUUCAAGGUGUUUGAUCAAAAUGGUGAUGGGUUUAUUACUGUUGAUGAAUUGAGAUCUGUGCUUGCUGCUCUUGGGCUUAAGCAAGGGAGGACUUUAGAGGAUUGCAAGACAAUGAUCAUGAAGGUUGAUGUUGAUGGCGAUGGAAUGGUGAAUUUUAAGGAGUUUAAGCAAAUGAUGAAAGGAUGUGGUUUCAGUGCUUUGGGUUAAUUCAUUACUGAUCGAUCCUUCAGAUCUUUGAUUCAAGGUUUGUAGAUAUUUUUGAAUUUGAUCAUCAAAUUUGAGAGAGAAAAGGAAGAAUUGGUGAUUUGAUGUUGUUGAACAUUUGGAUGUGCUACAGAUACUGGGUUGUUGACACGUGUUGAAUUGAUGUAAUGCCAAAUCAUCACCAGACUGAAACAAUAUUUUUUGUCACCAAAAAGGACUAUUGAUGAAAAUUUCGAGGGGUGUGUUUUAGUUUUCAUACCUUUGUAGGAUUGGCUUGUUUCUAAUUAUAAUUAUUCUCAGUAUUAUUUUUUUU